AUGAUUUUUGUUAUAGGUGAGUCUACAGCGACACCCAAGGCCUUGCUCAAACCAAAGCCCAAGCCCAAGCGUGUGCGCAAGAAUUCAUCUUCCUCUGUUUCUUCUCUUCAAAAGAAGCAGGAGCCAGGGAACCCGCAACAAGUUCUCGAAGCAACCGAGGUUUUACUCUCUUCAUCGCCACCGCCAACAGGCGUUCUCAUAAAAAUGCUGGCGGCGCCAGUCAACCCGUCGGAUUUGAAUCAGAUUGAAGGCACCUAUCCAGUCAAGGGAAAUUUUUCCUCACUUCCACUCACCGCAGGGCCAGCCAUGGCUGCCGUGGGUGGAAACGAGGGCGUAGGCAAGGUUCUUGCUUUGGGAUCUAACGUCAGUGGCUUGCAAAUUGGUGAUUGGGUUGUGCCCAGGAGGUCAGGCCAGUUUGGAACAUGGUGCACACACGCGCUUGUUGACCAGACGCAUGUCUCUGCAGUUCCAUCCGAGUGGCACGCGGGCCUGAAUCCGCUUCACGUGGGGAUGCUCAAGGUCAAUCCCUGCACGGCAUACAGGAUGCUCAGGGACUUUGCCGACCUGCGUCAAGGCGACUACGUCAUCCAAAAUGGCGCCAAUUCAGGUGUCGGCCGCAGCGUCAUCCAACUGGCCAAACCCCUGGGUGUGCGCACCAUUAAUGUGGUGAGAGACCGGCCGAACUACAACCAGCUGGAGAGUGAGCUCUUGGCUUUGGGCGCCGACAUAGUGGUCAAGGACAAGGACUUGGCGCAGCUGAAGGGUCAGAUCAACGGACCCGUGCGCCUGGGCUUUAACUGUGUCGGCGGCCGAAUGACCCUGGCCAUGACCAAGCUGAUAUCCUCAGGCGGAACCCUUGUCACGUAUGGCGGCAUGUCCAGGCAACCAGUCACUCUGCCUACUUCACUGCUGCUGUUCAAGGAUAUUUCCGCGCGUGGGUUCUGGAUGAACAGAUGGUAUUUGGACGCAAGCCAUGAGGCAAAAAUGCAAGAUAUGUGGAGAAAUAUUUUGCGUAUGGCGAGAGAGGGUAGUUUUGUGCAACAGCCAGUGAAGAGCGUACAAUGGACUGGUGGUGUCAGCGAAGUGCAUGAUUUGAUCAAGGGUGCUGUCAAUUGGGAAUCAGGCGACAAGCAUGCGUUCGUGUUUGAGUAAAAAAAAAGCUUUGAGCGAAGCGAGUAAGCAAAUAGGACCUUUAGCAUUGCCUUUUUUUAAUUUUUUGCGUAGCAAUAAAGUCGAAAAGAAUACCACACAAAA